GAGGAAGAACCUGCGAUUCACUUUGGGGAAGUAGCUGCCGACGCAUCAGUUCUCCAGUGAUAGAGUGAAAGUUGUGGAGUAGCCCCUUUUUAUUUGCGAACCUGUAAAGACGUGCAUCUCUGUAGCCCCCAAAAUGAGAGCUUUAAACACUCUUGCAUUUUCAAGGCUCCAGCUUCCACGACAUGCCAGGAGUAUUACAGGAUCAUCAGUGCCUGGAGCGCAGGCUCAGCCUGAACCGACACCACACCAAGACACUAGCCGCCCCAAGACAGCCGUUCUGAUGCUGAACAUGGGUGGCCCUCAGAAGGCAGAAGAGGUUGGAGAAUACCUGCUGCGGAUCAUGACUGACAGAGAUAUGAUUCAGCUUCCAGUUCAAGGAUAUUUGGGGCCAUAUAUAGCCAAACGCCGAACUGCAGAUGUCAUAAAGAAGUAUGCUGAAAUAGGUGGUGGCUCACCAAUUUUAAAGUGGACUCAAUUACAGGGGGAUCUCUUGUGUAAAAAACUAGAUGCCAUUUCACCUAAAACAGCACCACACAAGCCGUAUGUUGCAUUUCGAUAUGCAAAUCCCUUGACUGAAAAAACUUUAGAAGACCUGGAAAAGGACAAGCCUCAGCAUACAGUGGUCUUUUCGCAGUACCCACAGUACAGUUGUGCCACAACUGGUUCCAGCUUUAAUGCUAUUUUUACCCACUACUCCAAGAAGCCUAUGCCUGCAGGAAUGUCUUGGAGUAUUAUUGACCGUUGGGCUACCAACCCUAAACUUGCUAAGGUGUUUGCUGAGAGAAUCACAAACGAGCUUAGUAAAUUUCCUGAAGACAUUCGCAAAGAUGUCAUUAUUCUUUUCUCUGCACACUCCUUACCCCUCAAGGCAGUGAACAGAGGAGAUCCUUACCCAUCAGAAGUUGGUGCGACUGUACAGCUUGUAAUGGACCAGCUGGGUCACUGCAACCCAUACAGUCUUGUAUGGCAGUCAAAAGUAGGUCCUUUGCCUUGGUUGGCUCCAUUCACGGAUGAUGCCAUUAAAGGUUAUGUGAAACAAGGCAAAAAGAAUUUCAUUUUGGUGCCAAUUGCUUUUGUUAAUGAGCACAUUGAGACACUCCAUGAGUUGGACAUUGAGUAUUGUCAUGACUUGCAAAAAGAGCUGGGUGAACUCAACAUUAAACGAGCUCCGGCCCCCAAUGACCAUCCCCUUUUCAUUGAAGGAAUGGCUGACAUUGUGAAAUCUCACCUUGAAGGAAAAACAGCAAUCAAUCCAAAGUUCCUGACACGGUGUCCACACUGUGUGAAUGAACGUUGUCACUCCUCAAAACAGUGGUGGAGAAGUAUUUGCAAACUUCCAGCCUAGUUCACUUCAAAAGCUCUUUCCCUCAAAUAAAAUGGAAAUGUUAAAUGUCAUGCUUUGUGAAGACUAAAUUUGUCUUAAAUAUUAGGUUCCUUCUCAGUAGCCUGGUAAAUAACUGCCAUAAAAUUUAUGAAAUGGAUUGAUUUUAGAGUUAUUAUAUGCAACUUUUCUAUAUAAUGGUUAGUUACUUUUAAGUUUAUCUGUGAUCUAAUAUUUGCUGCUCAAGGGUCUAUACUAUAAAAAUGUGCAAAUUAUUAUUUCAUUAAAAUAUAUAUGAACAGAA